UCACACCUAUGGUCGGACAAAUACCGCCCUCGCAAGCCCACGUACUUGAAUCGGGUCCAGACAGGAUUCGAUUGGAACAAGUACAACCAGACACAUUAUGACAUGGACAAUCCGCCGCCGAAAAUCGUUCAGGGCUACAAGUUCAAUAUUUUCUACCCUGAUCUACUGGAUCCGACAAUUACUCCUUCGUUCACAGUCACCCCUUGCGACGAUCCUGAUUUUGCCGUGUUACGGUUCAAG